AUGACUUCUAUUAUAAAACUACACUGCCUAUCCGGAGCUGGAGAUGAAUCUCCACCAUGUUAUGUGCUCCAAAUAGAUGAAUUCAAGUUUCUUCUGGACUGCGGAUGGAAUGAAAAAUUUGACAUGGAUUUUAUAAAGGAACUUAAAAGACAUGUAAACAGUAUUGAUGCAGUCCUCCUUUCACAUUCUGAUCCGUUACAUCUCGGGGCACUACCUUACGCUGUUGGCCAGCUUGGUCUAAACUGUCCCAUAUAUGCCACACUGCCCGUUUACAAGAUGGGGCAAAUGUUUAUGUACGACUUGUACCAGUCACACAGAAACGUCUCAGAUUUUGAUCUGUUUACUUUGGAUGAUGUGGAUACAGCUUUUGAUAGAAUAACACAGCUGAAAUACAAUCAAAGUGUUGAUAUGAAAGGUAAAGGCCUAGGACUCCGCAUAACUCCUUUACCGGCUGGCCACUUACUCGGAGGCACGGUGUGGCGUAUCGCCGCGCCCGGUGAAGAAGAUAUAGUCUAUGCACCAGACUUCAACCACAAGAAGGAAAGGCAUCUCAACGGAUGUGAAAUAGAGAGAAUCAUGAGACCAUCACUGCUCUUACUUGGAGCUAUGAAUGCUGAUUAUGUUCAGCAGAGACGGAGAUUGAGAGAUGAAAAACUAAUGACUACGAUCCUCAGUACUCUUCGCGGAGGUGGAUCAGUACUCGUGUGUACGGACACUGCGGGUCGAGUGUUGGAAUUAGCUCACAUGUUAGACCAGUUAUGGAGAAAUAAGGACUCGGGGCUUGUCGCCUACUCGCUGCUUUUGUUGUCUAACGUCAGCUAUAAUGUCGUAGAGUUCGCUAAAUCACAGAUAGAAUGGAUGAGUGACAAACUGACACGUGCAUUUGAAGGUGCUCGCAGUAACCCAUUUGCAUUGCGACAUCUACACCUCUGCCACUCAGUCGUUGAGGUCACCAGGACCCCAGGUCCCAAAGUCGUAUUAGCAUCUUUUCCGGACCUCGAGACAGGCUUUGCAAGAGACCUAUUUUUACAAUGGGCGCCGAAUCCUCAAAACUCAAUAGUUCUGACUGCUAGGACGUCUCCAGGUACACUAGCUCGAGAUCUGAUAGAGAAGGGUGGUGACCGCAUUAUAGAGCUGACAGUACAGCGUCGUUUGAGACUCGAAGGUGCUGAAUUGGAAGAAUUCCUCCAGCAGAGGAGCCGCCUCAACAGUGCUGUCAACAAAGAAGAGGUAGGUGGAAUAUCGUCGGAUUCAGAAUCAGACGGCGAACUGGAAAUGUGGGUGGUUACCGGUAGACAUGAUAUACCUGUGAGGAGUGACUCCAGGCCUACUGGAUGCUUCAAGACCAACAAGAGACACCAUGCGAUGUACCCAUGCCAUGAAGAGAGGGCCAGGGUAGAUGACUAUGGGGAAGUCAUACGGCCGGAAGAUUACCGAUUGGCUGAGAUUGUUGACGCAGAAGGGGAAAUACGAGACGUGCCGCCCGCCCCGGCGCAGAAGAUUGAACCACAAGAAGAAAUAACCGAGAUACCGAGCAAGUGCGUCAGUUCGAUGCGUCAAGUUCAAAUAAGGGCCAACAUCCAGUACAUCGAGCUAGAAGGUCGCUGCGAUGGAGAAUCGUUACUAAGAGUAGUGGCCCACGCCAAACCCCGCGCCAUAAUAGGGCUUCGAGCCGGACCCGCAGCCCUAAAGACACUAGCUAAGCACUGUGAAAGUGAAGGUAUUGAGCAGAUAUUCACUCCGAAACGAGGGGAGAUUGUCGACGCCACCACAGAGUCCCACAUAUAUCAGGUGAAGCUGACGGACGGGCUGCUGGCGGGCGUGUGGUGGAAGCAGGCGGGCGACGCGGAGCUGGCGUGGCUGUCCGCCGUCGUGACCGCGCCGCGCGCAAGGGAGCCCGCCGCCGGUACUGAAGGUGAGGCGGCGGUGGACGAGCCGGUGUCGCUGGAGCCGGCGGCCGGCGCGCCGCACGCCGCGUCCUUCGUGAACGCCGUGCGCCUGUCCGAGCUGCGCGCCGCCAUCGCGCGCCUCGGCCUCAACGCAGAGUUCUCGGCCGGCGCGCUCGAGUGCUGCAACGGGACCGUCGCCAUACGGAGGUUGGAAAAUGGACGUGUCGCUCUCGAAGGCGUGUUGUCUGAGGAAUAUUUCAAAAUCAGAGAAAUGCUGUACGAUCAAUUCGCUAUUGUUUAAAAAGGCUGAUUAAAUUUUAUUAAAGUU